AAGCGCGCCCGCGGUCUCCCUGGCGCGGAUGCGGUGGCGCGCGGGUCCAACCCGCCACGUGUUUUCGUGAAUUGGCCGCUCCUUCAGUUCCUGUCGCCCCCGCGCAUCCGCGCCCAAGCCAUGGCGUACCGCCCAGGCCGGGGGCUGGACCGCGAGGCGAUCGCCAGGCUGCGCGAGCGCAGGGCGGCCGAGGCGGCGGGUGGCGGCCUGGGGCUCCCCGGCCAGGACGAUUCGGAGCAGGCCAAUUUGCUCCUCGGGAACGGCGCGACGAAGAAGACGCGCUGCGGCGCCUGCACUCGCCCGCUGGACGAGGACGCGCUGGCAGGAGGCCAUCUCACCUGCGCGCGCUGCCGCGGCGACGGCGGCGGAGCGGAGGGCCGCGGUCUCGAGGCGGCGGCCAGAGCUCGCGCUGGCAGCCGCAGCCGCAGCCGGGGCAAAGGCCGCGGGAGGUCAUGUCGGGAUAGCGAGGACGCGCAGGAUCGCAGGGAGCGGAUCGAGCGCGAGGAGCGCGAGGAGAAAGCGAGGCUGAAGGCCAAGCUGGAGGAUAUGAGACAGGCGAAGCGCAUGGAGUCGGAGGAACAGCGGCGAAAUCAGUCCCCAGAAAAAGCCAGCAAGGCUGCGCAGAAAGCAGGGAAGAAGAAAAAGGACAAAGCCAAAGAUAAGCAGAAGGGUGGCAAGGCCAAGUCCAGGAAGAAGAAAAAGGCCAAGACCGAGCGUUCGACCUCCCCUGGGUCGUCAGAGAGCUCCGACAGCUGAGCGGGCAGCGGGUGCCGUCGACCCUCGCGCCGGCGCGCCGGCCCGGGCGCCGUCCUUCCGAGCGCGCCCUCUUCAGGGUCAGCUGGCCACUGGGCACGGCGCGCGCGCGAGGGAAA